UAAAAAGUGAAGGCAGGCCCUCCACUGACAGCUAUUUGUUUUUAUCUUAAAUUUGCUUUUAAUGUAAUAAAAUAUAUAAAAUGAUUCGUUCUAAAAGAUGCAUCCAAAGCAGAGCUUUGUUUCAAUUAACCGCCGGUGUACGUAUGCAUUCUUCAAAACCGAGCCCUGAUUCCAAACCAGUGAGCCCCAGAAUUGAGGAAUUUAGAAAAAAAUUAAGAGAAAAGACUCCUAUUGGAAAACUUGAUGAACUUGAUAAACAUCCUUACCAGGAAAAAGAGCCACUACCCCCAUGGCCUGAUAAUACAAAUCCACACACAGGUGAAAUUGGUGGACCUCGCGGCCCAGAGCCUACACGUUAUGGGGAUUGGGAAAGAAAAGGAAAAGUUUCUGAUUUUUAGAUCAAAUACUUGAAAUAUAUCUUGCAAAUUAUUUAUUACCAUAGUAUUAUUAUAUAUUAUUGUUAUUUGAAUAUUUCAAUAAUCAGGCAAUUCUUGA